AUGGCGCGUUUGUCUCAAAACCUAAAGUAUCUGGGGUGGAUUCCUGCACGAGGAGAGAUGUUUAGUACUGGUGCGCUGGACAUGAUGGUGGGGGACUCAGCGGUGCUGGACUACCUCAGAGCUAACGAUCCUGGCUGUACCUUAGCUACUUUUGGCGACCACUUAGUCUCUGAUACCUUCUCCAUCGCCAUGGGCAAAGGUUUUCCUCUUAGGGUGAAGAUCAACACCAUUCUUGCUCGGUACCUUGCUUCGGGUCACCUCGAUCACCUCAAGCAUAAGUGGUACGGCGAACUGCCCUGCUUCCGCAUCUCCGCUGACAUCUACAAACCCCAGGCUCUAGAGUUCAGCACGGUGGGAGGCGUCUUUCUCAUGCUUACCUUAGGCAUAGGUAUAGGCUUCUUCCUCCUCAUUCUUGAACACGUGGUAUACCGCUAUGCUCUACCGUCUCUUAGGACCAAACCCAAGGAGUCCAUCUGGAGGAACAGGAAUCUCAUGUUCUUUAGUCAGAAGCUGUACAAGUUCAUCAACUGCGUGGAGCUUGUAUCCCCCCAUCACUCAGCCAAGGAACUGGUCAACAAUCUUCGUACAGGCCAGAUCAUGGGCCUCUUUCAAAAAUCUGUUAAAAGGAAGGAGAACGAGCAAAGGAGGAGGAGGAAAAGCAAAGCGCAGUUCUUCGAGAUGAUCCAGGAGAUUAGAAGAGUACAAAAGGCGGAGAAGGAGGACGUGGUGCCCAUGACAAUUACCACCACCGUGACCAGAGACUCCAAGAAGUGGGACUCGACCCCUUCCCAAGUUCCAGAAGUUACCCCAGCUCCACCCUCACCUUUCUCUAGCACCAUUGCUGCCUCCCCCGCCCCUAUUACUAUCGAUUACAUCCCUGGCCCCGACCCCCGCGAGGACUCUGAGGGCAUCAUUGUUGUUAACAGCUCCCUUCCCUUGGACUCCCAGGAACCGGAGGCGGCCAAAGAUCUCCUCCGGGAGGAGGAGGUUAGAGAAGAAGACUACAGCUCGGGGAUCAUUAUACUCAGAGUCAGUGAUCCUGAAGAGGUAUUUGAAGCUAACAGCCUCAAGCAGCUGGAAGACACUCAGGCAUAUAGAGCAGCGGCUGAGGGGAGCGUGAGGGAGUGUGAGGCGUGCUCGUGCUCCCUUCAAGAAGGAGAGAAUAACAGCCGCAAAACCUCGGGAGGUUGUCUUAACUGCCUUCAGAGGCAGGACAGCACCAGACAAGCCCGGAGGGCAGCCGAGGGCAGCUGUUUUCCUUGCAGUGCGGCGUCUAGUGUGAGGGAAAGUACUUUAGGAGACCCCUACCCAGUGAUGGCUGGCACUGCCAACGGUCUCCGUCACAGAGGAAGUGUGCCGAAUCCCAUCCUGCAGCUACCGUCACCUGUCCUUCGGCUUACAAAAUCGCCAUCAGUAGUACCUUCCCCAGGAAUUAUACGUCCCUCGGACCCCCAUGGCGAUGUUGUGUGGAGCACCAGGUCUCUGGACGACAUAGACGACAUUACUGGAGGGGCGACGGGGGAGGAGAGGUAUGAGGGAGUUCGUCUGGUACCACUCUCCCAGCAGGCAGCUCUCAGGUCCUCCGGGUCUCUCCAGCUGGUGGCUGCUUGUCCCCUGGUACCAGGUCGCGAGAGGGUCAACUCGGACCACCUGCGUCACGUGACCAAAGCUGACCUGUGGCAGCUCUGGCAGGACUCUGAGACACAGCUACGGGCCCGACUUCGUCAGGCAGAGUCCCAGCGGGAUGCCCUCCUCCGGCAGCUCUCUAAGCUGCCCCAUCGUGAGCGAGCAGUCCAGCCGGAAGUAUCAAGCGAGAAGUGGGAAAGGAGAUCUCUGGAGAACGUUAUGGGUGACGUCGAAGGGGACACAAUCGAGCUUUGCGAUGCUAGGAAACACGCUCUUCCUGCCGGUGACGCCAGACUUGUUGCUGGUGGGAGUAGGCGAGGAGAGGAGAAGAGUGAAAUGUACAGACAGAGGCUUUCAAGAAUGAAUAAUAGAGAGAGAAAAGGGGAAGAGGUGAGAUUAAUGAAUGUCAAGGGUGAUGUGUCAACUACCCCUAAAAGGAAAAAGCGGCAGAGGUCACGGUCGCAAGAUCAUCUGGAUGCCAGGAAGAGCCAAGAUUCCUCGGAGGAAGGGAUACAUUACCCUAAACCUGAAGAUCGAGUAGGUUACCCAAAAUACACAAGAAGGAGAAAGAGGGAAACUAGCCAAGACCGCAGAAGAGGAUCGGAAGAAACAGACAUUACCCCUAGACACAGAGCGAAGAGUCACCGUCUCAUUGAUACUGUGACAGAGAGAACAGGACCAGUGGAGUCUAUAAGCGGGUACUGCACAACACCUCUUCCUCUUCUUCAUUCUCUUCAUCAACAAAGCAAAACUGAUGCAGAAAGGAGCUAUGGUCCAUUGCAAUCUUUGCCCCUAGACAGAAGAGAGGAAAGAAUACCUUUCAAGAGUUAUGAGCAAAUGCACUUACAGACCUACUGUGGUGAUAAUAGAGGAAAGGGUUGUGAUACUGACAUGCGUUCAGAAGACCACCGUGAUGAAAUAGAGCGUCAUAAGACGAUGGAAGAAGACAAAAUGCCACCAAGAAGAAGGAGAACAACUUACCUUUCAACGACUGGGCAUGCCGAGAGCCAACAUCGAAGACCAAAGGAGAGGCAUUCAACCCGAGAACUUCCUGAGGGAAGACACAGGUGAGACUCAUCACACAGGUGAGAGUCAUCACACAGGUGAGAUGCCAGGAAUAAUGGCAGCCCCUUCUCAGGAAGCCACAGGCAACACGGGGCUGGAUGUCGGAUAUUAUUUGACAGUACCUCCCAUAAGGAAGACUACAACUCCACUCCAAUUAGUUAACAAGCUGUGCCAGGGCUGGAAACACGAAUAUCCAGUCCCUGAUGGAUUGCUCUUCACCCAGAGAACACGAGGACAAAAUACUCCUCAGUAUCCUAACAGAAAGAGGGUGGCAGAGACGAAGGAAAGUCUUUGACGAGUUGACCGAGCCUCCCUGAGCUCCUGGCCAGCCCUGGGAGUGUGAUCUGCCUUGCUUCUCUUGUUUCUCUCUCAUACAUCGCAGGCACAAAACUCUAUCAAGUCAAUAACACUCAUUCAUCAUUUAACCUUGCAACUCUCCAUCGCCCAUCACGGUUCUAAAGACAAGAAGCAGCGACUGCUGGCAUGCUUGUUUCUUAUGCUACUGUUGUAUCCUAGUUCAUAAGUUUGCUUGGAAUUUAGCGACAUUUUUCUGCCAUAAUGAUUAAUUGUCCAGUUGUACAUACAUCUUGGGAAUAAAAUGCGCUUACUUUGAAUCACUUUGAUUUUGUGCUUUUUAGACGAUAUUGUUCAAAGCAAUUUAAAAAUACCGGACGUUGUUAUGCACAUGAAAGUUUGUUAUUGCCCUUGUGACACUGACUUUCUCGUGGACAUUGUAAUGUGUAAGAAAAGCCACCACGGUGGCCACUUUCUCCAGUUCUUCACUUUCAGCGGAGAAAUAAAACUAUGUAUCUAGUCUUCAUUCUCUCUCGAGGUAAUAAUUUUAGGCAAUUUUCUUGGUUUGAGUGACUCAUCCCAAAGUUUGUAUACAUAUGUGUAUAGAACCAACAGCAGCACACUUUUAUGUUGGGCAAACAGUAUUUCAAAAUUGCAAAACAAAAUAGUGCAGAAUUUGCAUUUAUUUUUUAUUUUCUUGCUGAGCAGCAUAAUAAGCUCAUUAUUUUGUGUUCAAGUGUUGGUAUUAUUAGCUUUAAUAAGUCAGGUAAUAUCACAUAAGUAGAAUCUUUAAUUCCUGGCCUAUUUCGAAAAUAUUUAAAUUAUCUGUGUGUAUAUUCUUCUUAGUUAUGAUAAUUAUAAUUUAUAUGAUUACUAGUUAAAAAAUACUUUAUCUAGAGUAUAAUGUCUUUAUGAAUAAAUAGAAUCAUAAUCAAAUACUGUACAUAAAAAAAAUAGUAUUUUGCGCUAAAUAAUUUCUCAGAAAAGAGACAAGGUAAAAUGUAUAGAAAGAACCUUCCAAGCUUCCUGUAAUGAUGUGUUCUGCACAUUGUUUUAUAGUGAGUACAUACUACAUACGAGAUCAUUUUAUGGUCAUCUAUAGAUAGUGACAUAUGCGCACAAUACUGUCUUAACUUGUUUGUAGAGGAUAUCCAUGACAGUAUCACGCUAACACUAUCUGGUUAUAGUUCGUUUUUUUCUUAUAUCCUCCAAAACCAGGAGGAAGGACAUAAAUAAUUUUAAUAAUUAUAAAUCAAAAGUAAUACCAGGGACCUAAACAGUGGGUAGUGGGGAGGGGGGUAAGCACAGAGUCGGUAAUAUUUAGUGUACAUUGAUCUGAAGUGUGAAAACCAGAGCAGCAGUUAGAGUGACAACAGGUAUUGCUGGGUCACAGCUCAAACGGGUACUGAAGCCAGACUGGUGUAGCAAUUAAGAGAAUAUAGAGGUAUUAAUGUUUACAGGUGAUGUGGUGAGACACUGGCACUAGAUGUUGUUGGUGUUAUGACCUUUUUUUAACAAUCUUAUUUGAAGGUAAUGAAAAAAAAAAUUAAGUACUCUUAAUUUUUUGUAAAUAGGUAUUCAAGAUUACUAAAUACUGUAAAUGAGAAUUAGAAAGGUAUGGAAAUGUUAUAAUAGUUUAUAAAUGAACUACAUAAAACAGUUACUGUAAAUACAUUAUAAAGAGGUGCUGACACUUAGUGAGUUAUACACUAAGGUGCCACAGGACGACAGAUAUUGUAAUUAGGAUGCAUAUAUGAAUACUGAUGUUUGUUAGGACGUAUGUACAGAGGUAAUGAAGACUGCCUGCCAUUGUAAUUAAAGGAGACAGAAGUACUCAAAAAUGAAUGAAAUGUGUCAACUGUAACUUGUGCAUCUCUUAUGCAGAAAUUAACAGGUGUGUCAACUGCAGUGAUAAACACAGCAAAAAAUAUGAUUUUUUUAGCAGAUGUACAUGACUGUUGUGUGAAUUUUUUA